UUCAUUGAGAGGUCAACCUUCACGCUACAAGCGACUAUAGCCCCUUCCCCUCUAAAGGCUCUCAGCAUCAUCAUGCAAGAGUAGCGGUUGGCGACAUCGGUCCAUCGUAGAAGCCUGACAUUUUAUGCCCCUCCUCCUUUUAGUACGAGUGACCGCGCCCCUUCACAAGUAAUCAAGCAGUAAACGGCCGUAGUUCAAGGAGUUUGUUCAGAGGACAGGUGAUCGGUUUUCAAUUUUCUUGGAAGAACGUUCUGUGGAAGAGUUCCAUUUAUUUUCUGGAGUUUUAUUGAGGAUCGGUCCAUUGAAGCCAGAACUGUCUCUGCACUUCAGUUAUAACGAGCGUGUGUCAAUCGUCAAUCAUGCAGUAUAAAUCUGCCGCCAAAGUCAGCUUCUCCUCCCUAGUCGUCCUGGGACUGAGCAUCCUCGCAAUCCACUACUGGAUGGAGACAAAGAGCUACCUCCUUGAUGACCAGACUCUCGCGAGAAUUUCUGAGAAAUACGUGGGGCUUCCACAUCAGGAGGCUUUCGAGAAAGUGCAUGCCGAACUGAUGGACAGAUACCCGGGCCACAUUCUCCCGCCAGAGGAGUCCGAGUGGCUGUUCGUGACCUCGGGAGGCUGGCAGGCCGCCAUGUGUAUGAUCCACGCCUCCAUCACGGAGUACAUCAUCUUCUUUGGCACAGCAGUGGACACUGUUGGGCAUUCAGGCCGCCACUGGGCCAAUAUAUCAGACACGGUCAUGACCGGGACGUUUAGACAGUGGUCUGAAGGCACAACAGUCAGCCAGGUCUUCCGCCCAGGCGAUACCAUCAUGCACGUGUGGGGCGAUGUGACUAUAGUCCAUUGGUCAGAAGGCACCUGGAUGGUGGAGUACGGCCGGGGCUUCCUUCCCACCACCUUGCCCUUCACCUUCUCAGAUACCAUCUUCAGCACCCAAGACAUAUGGAGCAUCGUCAAGAUCAUGCGCGUGUAUAUACGACUGCUGUUCCAGGAGCUGGCCUGCUAUAUAGGAGAGCUGGUAGAUUAAUAUUAAGACUUGUGCAAUCUGAUUUUUUUUUUUAAAUCGUCAGGGAGAAAAAAAUUUUGUCUUAAAUCCUCGGCCACGGACUUCAGGGAACUUGUCUAUUAAACCUUGCUCUACUGGGUUUUGAAUAUGUGCCUGUUUGAUGUUAAAAUGUCGCGUCAUUUUCAUGUUGUUUAAUUUUAAGGCCCAUGCGUAAAUGGAAAAAAAUCAAUCCUGAGCAAAAUAUAGGGCCUACACAAUACAUCGUCUAUUUGCAUAAUUUGUAAAAGAGGCGAAAAUUAAAUUUAUUCGUGAGAAAAUAAGAAUAACGUCACAUCACUGUUAUUUAUUUAGUCAAUUAGUUUAAAGCAUUUAAGGAACGGAAGUUGUCGAGCUGCCACAGUAGCCUAGUACACGUACCUAACAAGAGGAGCUAACCACCCCCCCCCCCUGAAA